CCGAUGUCGAAGCCUCGGCAUUAUAUUUGUCAAAAAACCAAGUGAGUACACUGUAGCACGCUCUCGUUCAGAAGAACACAUUUUACAACAUUAAUAAUAAUUAUUAAAGGAAAACUGAAAAUGCAAAUGACUAAAUCAGACUAAAUUAAAAAGGUGAAAAAAUCAAAACAAAAAAUGUGUUUUAUCUACGGUCCAUACCUAAGUAAUAUUUUUAAAACAAAAAUAUUAAUUGAAAUUCCUAUCUAGCUGAUUGAUUGAUUUCAACGCAGCCAAAGGUUGACGUUUGCUAAUCCCAUGUGACCUAACAUGGCGGUUUUAACAAGUGAUUACUUUUGAUGAGAGAACUAGUUCCCAAUAAUCUAAAUAUUAUCAUACCAUAAAGCGGAAUUGGGAAAUCAAAUAUAAUGAAUUAACUUUCGCAGUUUACAUAAAAUUAACCAAAAUUGGGGAUGAGAUAAUCCCUGAGGUAUUAACAUCAAUUAUAUAAUCCCAAACGCAUUCAAAUUCACUACAUUUUCACCCAAUUAAGGCAGGGAUAUUUGAUAUCAUGUUUAUAUCUCUAUACAAUCUAAACGAUGAUGGAUUAAUUCAGGACCAAUCUCUCUAUAUGCCUCAUUAAUAAUUGAUCGCUCCUAUGAAAUAAUCACAAAUCCGAAUUUGCGAGGGUGCAAUUCUUUUUCCAGCGGAAGAGAUGAUACACAUAGGCUUUUCUCCAAGGUCGGUAAGACUAACGUUCAAUACAUUCCUUUUUCUCAUUAUGAAUGCAAAGUGUGUGCAUGGCAUGGACCAUUACGUCAUAACCAAAGACCUCUACGACAAACUGUUUAACGGGAGCUACAGUGUUGAUGUCCUGCCGGUCUGCGGGAUCGACGAUACCAUGAAUAUAACGGUUGACGCGGCCUUACGCGAGGUGAUAGACGUCCAGGAAAAGUUCCAAACCCUCAAGCUGAAACUCUGGGUCCGUCUAAAUUGGACAGACUGCAGGCUGGUAUGGAACCCGUCGGAUUUCAAUAACCAGGACCAAAUUUACGUUCCGUAUCAUAAAAUUUGGACACCAGACAUUACUUUGUAUGAGGGGAUCAGCGAGUUCGGAAGUUUGCCAGGGAUGAAGGACUACAGGGCAUCAAUCUUCUCCGACGGAACAGUGCAAUACAAUUUCCCGUCCACUGUUACAACAGCUUGUGCCAUUGACGUCACGUACUUUCCUUUUGAUCUGCAAAACUGUAAACUGGCUUUCGGUUCCUGGAUCUACUCGGGUAAACACUUGGAGGUCUUUGCGUCUUCCUCCUCAGCAGACGUAUCUACCUACAUCAAGAACAAUGAGUGGCAUCUCAUUUCUAUGACGUCAGAGAAAAUCGUUCAUUUCUACAAUUGCUGCCAGUACCCCUUCUCCGAAAUAGCCUUCAACCUCUCCAUCCAAAGAGAACCCAAGUUUUACAUUAUCACUAUUAUCUUCCCCUGCAUUCUAGUCACUAGUCUGACCUUCAUUGGAUUCUUCCUGCCGCCAUCUUGCAGCGAGAAGAUUUCGCUACAGAUCACUGUACUCCUGUCUAAUUCAGUGUUCCUCCUUCUAAUCCAGGACCAGCUUCCUCCAUCUUCCGAGACGUUCCCUGUCAUCGCUUACUUCUUCACCUCUUCCAUGCUCCUGGUAUGUCUGGCCUGUAUCAUGGCGGGGAUCGUGCUCUUCGUCUACUAUCUGAGACAGUCGGGUAGGGAAGUUCCGCACAUCUGUCAAACCAUCUUUCUGCGUCAUCUGUCCAAGGUCUUUUGCAUCAGAUAUGAAGAGUGCAUCGCCAAAGACUUCAGCGUUGCCGCCGUGUACGGUGAACUCAAGGAAAGACGAAUGUCUAGUGUGCUUCUGAAGGAUGCCAUGAGAAAUAGAGACUCGUUCAUCGCUCGCAAAUCUCAGAAGAUCAAGCACGAAGACAUACCAGAGGAGGGCAGUAAUGCGUCACUUCCUCUGACUAGUAGGAACAACAGUGACAGCAAUCCCAUUGCCACUGGACAAUUACCAAAGAGGGACUCCUACUCCAGUGUUUUUGCUGAUGAUAAUGUGCUUAAAGACAAACGGAGGGCAACACCAAAUAAUCUGGAAACCGUUAUUCAUGAAUGGGUGCACUUAGCACAUGUUGUGGAUCGUCUGUUUCUAACUUUUUAUUUCAUGAUCUACCUUACUAAUGGAAUUAUUUUUAUAUUCUUGUUCAGCAAAAAAUCGUGACUCUCUCUCUCUCUCUCUCUUUAAUACUUUAAUACAAUAUUUGUACUGUCCUAUAUUGUACAUGUUUAUAUAUAUUAUAUUUGUAAAAUACCUGGCAUAUUUACAAAAUAUAUCAAAUCAACAAUUUGUAAGCAUCAAUUUGAACUUUUAGUUUGCUUGUCAAGAUUCAAUAUAGGUGUAGUUACAGCCAUGAAUAGUU